GGCACACCAAAAUUCUGUUCGCCUACACUUGAAAAUUACCUAGGGUCGGCUCUGCACGGGAUGUGGGGUUUGGGAGGGAGAAGAGACAGGAGAUGAAGCAAGAGCUUCAAGAGCUUCAUCUGCCAUAAAGAUCUUUAACACAGUGCCGAUCUUGCCCAAGACUGUCCACUUCUUGUGGCGAAAGUUGCAUCCUACCUUUAUCGGCUGGUUCCUUACGACCUUUUUAUGAGUUUGAAAAAUAAGUCUUCGGGAGAAUUGCUCAAGGGAAGGGGGUAGGCUUUUUGUAGAGGAUGAUAUUUCAGGAAGAAUCUGGUCACACGCCUUAGGCAAGAGCCUGAUACUGGGAUGGACAAGCAGGUUUGGUAAGGGAGGCCAGUUGCACAACUUGGAGGAGAGGGUUGUCUCAGACGGAGGUGAGAAUAUAAGAAGGGACUACACCCUAGGGGUCUUCACACCAUCUUGAAUCACUCCUCUUCUCCUGUUCAUCGCUGAUUCAGGUCAACCACCAAGUCAAGAUGUCUCCGACUCAAAUGGAAAGCUGCAUGGAGACCGUUGUCAAUAUCUUCCACCAAUAUUCCGUGCGCCAGGAUCAUUUUGACAAGCUCAGCAAGAAGGAGAUGUCUCAGCUGGUUCACAAGCAGUUCCCCAAUUGGUUGAAGGAGCAAAAGAACCCCAAGGCCAUUGAAGAAUUAUUCAAGCAGCUGGACCAGGACCAGGACAAUCAACUGUCCUUUGGAGAAUUCAUGGUCUUCAUCUGCAAGUUGACCAUUGCCACUCAUGAGCACAUUCACCAAGAAGGGGAUGAUGGGCACGCCCACCACCAGCACUAAGUCCCUUGAGGAAGACCGAGAGGACUGGAAAAGCAAACCCAGUUUCUCCAAUGCGCCUGGAAAAGGGGUUCGAACCAUCAGGUCACAAUAAAGUUAGUUUCAGAAAAAGUG